GACAUAUGUAUGACACUAGAGAGAUAAAAAAACUUCAAAAUUUACAAUCUAUUAUGUUAAGUAAAAUCUUAUGAUAAGCCGAUUAAGUAAUAUUAUUGCCUAGAUUUCUUCUUUUCUCUAAACCUUAUUAGCCAGACUGUUAUGGCAGUCGGUUUAAAGCGAUUCGUUUCAUCUCUUAAUUAUUCUAAAUAUAAUUUAUUUCGUAACAUAAUGACUACAAGUUCUAAAUGCGAAAAAGCAAUGGAAAAUUUACAAAAUAAUCCGUAUUAUGAGAAAUAUGCAGAUAGAAUCGCUAAGCUUCAAAAGACUUCACCAGAAGAAUUUCUAAAGAGAGUGGAAGAGACUGGAAAAAAUAAAGAAUUAGAAAAGAAGAAUAAGUUUGGUUCAGUUGACACUAGACAAUUUUCCUCAGUACUCAACCCAAAACAGGCACUCAAAGAUGAACUGACCACAGAAGACAAAAAGCUUAGUGAUAUAUUCAAAGUAGAGCUUGUAGCAGACAAAAAUGCUGAAGAAGUACAAGGCAUCUGGGAGGAGUAUCACAAGAACAAGGAAGUGAUAUCAGCAACAAUACCGAAAGAUGUUUACAACAAAAUCCAACUCAACAUGAAGCAUUUUCCCACUUUUCUAUUCCCUCUACCAAGAUCCCAGGGUUACGAAUUCAUUAUGUGUCAAAGUUUCGGGCAUUCAGUACACUUUACACCACUACUUGCAUUUCAGGUUCACAAGGAGAAUGCACCAGAAUGCUUAACUAUGGUACAUUAUACAGAGCUUGCUGAAAAGGGGAUUGUUUUAAUGCGUGGUGAAUUUGACAAGAAUGUUUUAAAUGGCAAAGAAGCGCAGUGUCUGGCAAAUGAGUUCCAAAUGUACUACAGUGGAAGAGAUCAGAAAAAGAUAGAACUGCUGGAGACAUUCACAAAAAGUCCUGACAAAUUCAAACACAUGGACCUCAUUGCUGAAUUAGAAAAUAUUAAAUUAGCAUAAAGUUUAUUCAAAUGAUAAAUAUAGUUUUAAAAUGUU